AUGGACGGGGAGCUGUACGAGUUUCCCUUCCUACAGGAAGUCUAUACUCCACGCGAUGCCCCUAAAGUAGAUUUUGUGUUUGUGCAUGGUCUGAAUCCUCUCGGUCGAAAUGAUCAUCCAUUCCAGACAUGGACGCAUGCAAACGGCAAGUUCUGGCCAACGGACUUUCUGGCCGAAGAUAUGCCUUUUGCGCGCGUCUUUGUUUAUGGUUACAAUUCCAGCGUCACCAACGCCCAAACGAUGUCAACAGCUUCCAUCAAAGAUCAUGCAAACACACUGCUUAACCUAUUGGAUAUGGAGCGGGACCCCUCAAUAAGCGCCUUGCCACCGAAGAUCAUUUUCAUCGGACACAGUCUUGGUGGUUUGGUCAUAAAACAAGCCCUUCUCAAUGCAAAGGAAGACCCCAAGUAUAACUCCAUCCGCACAGCUACAUCCGGCCUAGUCUUUUUUGGUACUCCCCAUCGAGGCGCGAAAGCUGUUGAGCUGGGGAAAAUCGCCGCCAGGGUUGCGCGGUUCAUCUCAAAAGGCCAAGCCAGUAACGACCUUCUGGACUGUCUGGAGCAUAACUCUCUCUUCACGCGACAAAUGUCCGAUCGAUUUCGGCACCAGCUGGAGGACUAUCGGGUUGUCAGUUUCAUCGAAGGGAAAGAGGUCCAGAUCGGAGGUAUUGGUCCGGCAUCAUUAAGCCAUUUGGUCGUGGAUGAAGAAUCCGCCGUUCUCGGUCUUUCUGGACUCCGCGAGACCCAACUGAAGCUCGACGCGGACCAUUCGCAGAUGUGCAAGGUUGCGACGCGGGGACCCAUGUACCGACUGAUCAAGGGAAACAUCAAGCAGUUGGUGGAUCAAGCCUUGCUGGCAGAUCAGGGCUUUAUUCCUCAGGCAAAUCCCCGUCCAACAGCAGGUAGAACUCCCCCUCCGGUACCCCCACGCAUGCACUCCAACAGCAGCACACCAUAUGAACCACCGGGAAGACCCAGUGAGCCCGUGCAGAGGGUAUCGGGCACAAUAUUCGUCGCUCAAGAUAGAGACCCCCGAUCUAUUAGGUCUGCAGAGCUGAAAAAUCAGGCCAAAUGGGAAGCAGCCCGAACAAUCGACUAUGAGAUUUUCCAGGAACACCUCAGAACGCUUGGCACAGACCAUGUAAGCACCUUGUCAGUUGGAUACAUGCUAGCAGAGGUUGAGCUUGAAGGCAACUACUUCGCAAAGGCCAUAGAAUGGGGCCAGUGGGUUUCUGAGAACGUACAGCGGGUAUUUGGAACACGGCAUGCAUUGUCAAUGAAGGUGGAGAGCUUGAUGGCCGAAAUAAUCUGCUCGAAGGGCAAAUACUCUGAGGCGGAGUCGAUCUGCGCCAACGUGCUAGCUCGACAGCAAAUGACGAUCGGUGAAGAUCACUUCGACACCCUCGAAACACGUCGCCGAUUAGGUAUGGCAUAUAACGGUCUCAAUCGACGAGAAAACGCCCUUAUGACCGCAGAAAAAAUCGCCGAAACCUACAAACGUCUCCUAGGGGAGAACCACAUCAGAGUAUUCGCCGCUAUUCUGGACACACUCGAAUGGAUUCUUUACAACCAUACCGAUGGGACCUAUGUGACAUUCAACCUGCCUAGCGACGUUCAGGAGGCAGUCAAUAUGCUUCCACACGUUCACGAAGAGCUGAAGGCCGGUCUCGGACAGUCACAUCCCCUCACCAUCAGGGCCUUAUCUCUGGUAGGCCGAGGAUUAACACGCGCACAACAAACCGUCGAAGCGUCCGAGACACUCCGCCGAGCCCUCACACUCUCCGAAGAAACCCUCGGCCCCGACCACCCGCAGACGCAGGACAUUGUCAGCAGCAUCGGUAUAAUGUACAUGUUCCAGGGGCCUCAAUUUGGUAUUGGUGCCUCGAACACGAAGACCGAGGCGAUUCCAUGGUUAAUGCGCUACCUUGACUGGACGGAACGGCGCAGGGGUAUAGAUAACCCAGAAACGCAAAUCAUAUUGGAGAUGCUUGGGAAUGUACACUUCGCAGCGCAGGAGUAUGCGCCCGCUCAGAGAUACUUUGAGCGGGCUUUGACCGCUUACGGGACUACGAAUUCGAAGGUGACACAGCGCAUCAGCACGAAUCUUCAGUUGUGUCGUGCAAAUACUAUGUUUACCAAUCGUGGGACUAGAGGAAUAGGGGGAUUCUUGUCGGCUUUGCAGCGAUAUUAG